AUGAAGGAGAGAUGGAUGAGAAAACAGGGCCAGGUGGCCGCGGUAAAUCUUGAUGGGGAGAUUUCAAAGCGCCUGGACCUCGUCUUGGAGGACCACCCGGAAACCCACAAAAAUCCCACCGCGUUAUCAGUGGUCAAGAACGCGAAACCACUGACAGGACAUGCAACAUUUCCCAACCCAUUGCGGUCUCAGCGCCGAAUGCCGGAGGUCGACAUGCUUCCCCAUCGCUUCCCCGUCGUCACUGCAAAUUACAAGGACCCCCUGCUUUUGUCUAACAUGUACUUCUGGUGGAAGGACACGGUGUCCUUGUUUAAAAUUCCAAGGUUGGUUGGUGACGACCGCGUGCUGGGAAAUUAUUCUGCGCCACAACAUGCAACGUACCGCUACUUCAAUCAGAUUGCAUCCUCGGUUGCGUCCUCUACUCAUAUCUACCUAUAUAUCAUCGCCAAUUCCUGCACAAAACCCGUGUCGGAUGAUUUUUGUUUCGAGCGGCUCAACUCAACCCACAUGUCCUGGUACCCGGCACUCGUGAGAGAAGUCAAGCCUGCAUAG